UGUAUUUCUAUACGCGUGCGUUGUGUGGAUAUAUAGUUAUAUUGAUAAAAGCUGCAUAGCCCCACGCAAUGCAUGUACCGUGUACUAUACAGUAUAGAUCAUAGUGUCGUCAGUAAUGCGCACAUACAAGUAGCGGCUAUUCUGACAAAGGAGCGUGUCAUAUACACUUAGUAUUAUUAUUCCCCAAUUGGCCUUUGGGAUAGCAUUGCACUCAAUAUGUUUGCGAUUACAAAGUAUCUGCAACUAAGGAUGGCACACAGAUCACAGUCAGUUCUUGACACCGUCCUCCCGCAUGCUCUUAGAAACCACGAGUGCGUACGACACAGUAUACGGCAGUUGUGUUCGCAUGUUGAAUUAGGUUAUAGGCCCAGCAGGCAACGGUAUACAGGAAACAGUAUGAGAGACUGUGAUACAUUGAUAGGAGGUGAUCGAAUGCUAUCUCAACGCACAAGGGCUACGUCUGGUGAUAGGCCAGUACAAUACAACCCUAUACGGACGUAUGUCCACGCAAGCGCUGCCAAUUCAGUGCCUGCCAACAACCACAAGACCACAGAUACGAGCACACACGAUAGUACACAGGCGCAUGGGGGUGCCAGUACAACAGAUGCUGGUAAGGCGAAGCACACACACAGUAUGGCAUCUGGGCUGAAUGGAGUGCAUACUGAGCAUCCCAAUGAGGUGCAAAGCAUGUCCUGGUUUAGCCAGCGGAAGGACAGUGUCCUGCAAGUUUUGAGACAGGUCAGAAAACUGGGCACUGAGUCGUAUAUGGUUAUGAAGCUGUACUGGUAUGGGGGAGCGCACACACGUGGACAGUACGAGAUGAUUGAAAGGAACUCAAAAGACUUGGCACAGCUGAUACCGUUUACAGUCAUGGCUGCUUUGCCUGGCGCGUUCUUCGCACUGCCUGUUCUGCUCAAGGUAUUCCCUGGGUUCAUGCCGUCUGUGUUCCAGGGCAAGAGCUUCAAGGCGGAACAGGUGAUGAUCAUGACACAAGCACGCAAGAAGUCCAGAGAUCAGUGCCACGCACUGUUCACUGCACUCAUGGCAGAGGUUAGAGCUAUGGACGCCGCCACAGCUGACACACUGCAGCACAUCACCGAUGGGGUAU